CUGACAACUCUGGCACAGACAGUGCUAUUCUGCCAGAGGUCACAAGAAGGAGAUAUAUCACAUUUCUGACUGUGACAUUUUUAUAUACAUUUAAAGGAAAGAUAGUAUUUUUCCCAUUGCCGCCCUUUCCAGUCCGCGUGUCACCAUUUCCUCCAAAAACGAGCCGGACUUUUUAGCGCGAGCUUCCCGGGUGCUCCACAGCAAGCGAAUAAUUGGCGCGGUCGUGGGCAUCGUCAUGAUCGUGGCGCUGGUCAUCGCAGUUCCGCUUCUGGUCCAGACCUCAGUGGUUUCAGCGCACUACGAAAUGAUGGGCACUUGUCGGAUGAUCUGUGAUCCGUACAACCCCAAACCGAGCGCCACGGCGCUGGAGGUGAUGCAGGAUCUCAGUGCCAUCCCACCAUCUUUCGCUCAAGGGACUAGAGGGGAUCCGGGGCGUCCGGGCAAACCGGGACCCAGGGGUCCACCUGGCGAACCGGGUCCACCUGGUCCAAGGGGACCACCUGGAGACUCCGGCAGGCCUGGAUUUACCAACAUCACAUCGGGAACGGCUAGGACUGAGACAGGAGACGUUGGUCCAGUUUUGGGGAACAACAAAAUCGCGUUUUAUGUGGGUCUCAAGAACCCUCACGAAGGCUACGAGGUGCUCCGCUUUGAUGAUGUUGUGACAAAUGUGGGAAAUCACUAUGAUCCCACUACCGGCAAGUUUACGUGCCAGGUGUCGGGGAUUUACUACUUCACCUACCAUGUGCUGAUGCGCGGAGGGGACGGGACGAGCAUGUGGGCAGACCUCUGUAAAAAUGGACAGGUUCGGGCGAGCGCCAUCGCGCAAGACGCCGAUCAGAACUACGACUACGCGAGCAACAGUGUUGUGCUGCACCUGGACUCUGGAGACGAGAUUUAUGUCAAACUCGACGGCGGAAAGGCUCACGGAGGAAACAACAACAAAUACAGUACAUUUUCUGGUUUCAUUCUGUAUCCAGACUGAGCUGCAUGGCACCUGCUGCGUCUCAAUCUGACUGUUAAUGAAUCUCCUCUCUCCGCGAGGCACUUCAUUCUCAUUCCUGUCCGUAGUGUCGCUGGGAAUAUAAGGGUCAUCUGAACUCAGCGCCAGUGUGAGAAUAUGCUGUCAAAAUUUGUCCCCUUCUGUUUAAAGAUGUCUAUGUUUGGCUAUUAUAACCAAUUAAAUGAAACGCGUUAAUUAUGGACAAGGAUUGUAAACAAGAUAUUCAUAUAUGCAUUGUUCUCUAGGUGAUUUUUUUUUUGCUCAAAUUAAAAUAUUUUCCUGCAUUUAUGAGCCCCUAGUGGACCCCAGUGUGAUGCAAUUUCUGGUGUAAGCUAAAUUUGUUUUAUGUAGACAUGGACAAGCAUAUCUUGCUCUAAAUCUGGA